GUCACGAUGGUACAUACAAAGAAGCUUCACAUAUGUGAUGACUAGGGAAAGUGGCAUGGAGGGUUUUCUGAAGGGUUUCUACAAUGAGGGUAGGGUGAGUUUAUACAAAAAUUUUAUGGAAACAGAGCUGGUAUGUUCUCGGGGCAUAGCCUCCGGUAGUAGAUGCAGACUUGAUGUUUCAGGAUAUCACUUUCCUGGUACUAAAAUAGUUACACCCAGAUUCCCAUAAAGAUAUCCAAAGGCUUGAUAAGGCAACUCUGCGUGAUCUUGCAGCCACUGGGUUUAAGCUAGAAGAAGGGGCAGAUCGAGCAGGAUUUUGUAUCAAGUAUUUAGAACCCGGUGGGGUCAUUCGCCCGUCCUCUCCUGCUCUGAAUGGAAAUCGAGAUCGCGCUAGGGUACUACCUCGAUCUCGGAGCUUUGAACUUGGUUGCUGCCGGAAAAUUUAAAGUUAAGCAAGGCCACGAGAUCCAACGUAUUUUGCUAAAUGGUAUUGAGUUUGCAAAUGGGCAUGUUUUCGAAGCCGGCGAAAUAGCCCUCAUGACUGGGUGCCAGAAAAUGCACUCAACCUCAAGGAAGGUACUUGGGGGUGAGAUAGCUCAAUCAUUGGAACCUGUUUGGGACUUCGACCAAGAAGGGGAGGUAAGGGGAAUGUGGAGGAGAUGCAGCCGAGAUGGCUCCUGGUUUAUGGGGGGGGACCUUUCAUUCACAAGGUACCACAGUAGGCUUUUGGCCUUGCAGUAAGAAACCAGAUCCUGAGAGGAGGUUGUAGCGUUUCACUGAUAAUUAUACGAUUGACAGAAUAAAGGCGUUGGAAGAGGGUCUGAUG